AUGGAGACAACUUGUGCCCCACCGGUGUGGACGCCCGGGGCGCAGCCGCCGGCGGGCGACAGCGGGUCCAGCGCUGCCACGCCGCCCGUACCGCCCCCACCGCCUGUCUGGACCCCAAACAGCGCCACAGCAUCGCCCCAAACACCGCGCAAAACUUUCCGCCCUGUACACUUCGAGGAGUCACCACCAGCCCGCAGAAAAUUCGAAAAUAAAGAACCGAACGGUUGCAUGAGUGGCUCUGAGGGUGAGAGCCGUCUUCGAACGUCGCAUAGCGCUCCUGUGACCGGCUUCAACUCCCUGGGAAGCAAGUUGCCUAAAGCACCGAAUCCUACUGUUACAUUACUUCAAAAAGCUCGAGAAGGACAGCUAUCACGAGCUAGUCAGCAAGUUCAAGGUGAUAGUAAUUCCCGCCUUCCACGCGACAGACCAUCCCCACCUUUCGGCGACCCUAUUCACGCUUUACGUCGUGGUUACGUGAGUGAAGGGGAAGGCGAAAGGCGAGAGCGGAAUAGCACAACAAAAAUGGCGGAGACGCAGAAAAAAAUCGAAGGAAUAGGACCAAUCACAAAUGACGGCAUGCCUGUUACAUUGAGAUCGGAAGUUAAAGACCCCUCAAAAUGGUACAAGAAGAUGUACGACACAAUACACAAAAAUAAAUACGACAACGAUUAUGUGACGAUACGAUACAAAAACCGUAGAGACGAACCACAGAGAGUGAGCAGCAGUAAAUCCCAGUACGCGUACUUCGACCCACGUUCAGGGUAUCUGAGUGAACCUGAGGGCGGUCUAAGUAGGCUUACUUCCGGCACAUGGAGUGAUGCGUACGAUAGUGACGUCACAUCCGGUCCACGCCGCCGUACCGCGUCCGUACAGGAGGACAGGAGGAACGAUAUCACUUCACCGUAUCUGUCUAACAAUAAGUACAGUACAUUAGCAUCAACGAGAGUGAGUCAAGAGGUAUACAAGUCGCAGCCCGGAAAAAUUGAGAACUACACGCCCGGUAAAUCUUCAGUAGUUGACAAGGAAGCCAAACAGUGGUGGGACGAGGUCAUGGACAUAUUUGAUGGGUGGCUAGACGACAACUCCCCUCUACCGCCUUAUUCGACAUUGCUCGCUCGCGCCAUACAAAAGAAUCAAAACAUGUCCAAUACCACGAUGAGUACUACGUCGCUACCAAAGGAGAAGAAAGACAUCACCUCUGCUAUUUUAUCGAAAUCUAAUAUGGCAAGGGCUUUGAAAGAGUCUGGUUACGAAUCAGAUUCGACGUUGGUGUUCAAACGACGUGAAGAAACAGAAGGUCCAUUGUCACCAGCGGAGCGCCGAGCUGCGUACAGAGAUCUUCAAGCGGGGGGCGAACCCCCACUUAGGGGCUUCAGAUCACCUGCCCCACCAAGAACGGAGGAAUCUGAAAUCGAAUACAUUCCAAUAUCUUCGACGUUAACGAAAAUAAGAAUACACAAAAAGUCACCAAGUCUUCAUGAAGUUAUAUGUUAUCCUGUCACAAGAAUAGAAACAGAUCAAAGGACAACGAGGAAAGGAGCGAAGGAUGUCCUAUUGCCACCUCCUCCACCACGCAGAGUAUCAUCAAGAAGUAGUCGUACUCUUCAACUGGUAACAAUAUCGAAACCUAAAUCAGUAUCACCAAAACGAGUAACAAUGCCAUCUAAUGUGGAUUUAAUAAAAGAGAAAAUAAGUAGCAAAUUGAAUAGGCAAAAUACACAUUUGAUUCUUAAGAGCUCAGAAACCUCUUCAAUUGUGAAUGCUACGCGAAGAAAUACUUCGAGUUCCGCACCUCCUGCGUUAAGUAGACAUAAAAGCACGUCCUUACCAACAUGCAAGGAAAAGAAUAAAGUAGUCGGUGUAAAACAAUUCGGUACUAGUAGUUUUGGUUCUCCGAGAAAGACAACUCAACCAACAGAAUAUUCGACACCAUCACGUUGCAAAUAUGGAACAUCUCCAACAUCAAUCAUAAUAGAAGGAGGUGCAGGAAGAAAAACUCCUAUUACUAGCAUAUUGGAUAAAGUUACGCCUAUUGACAAACUUUGGGGAUCACAGAAGCGAAACGAACAAAUAGAUUUAACAAAAUUGAAAGGUACUGGUAAAUGCGACAAAAAUAUGCAAUUAAAAAUCUCAACUAAGCCAUCAAGCAAAUCAUCAACACUUACGGCCGUAACGCAUAGAAGCCGUGAUAUGAUUCGUACUUCCGAAAAAGUGCAGAAGUUAAAAUCAUAUGCUCAAUCAACGCCAUGCUUAGUAAACAAAAGAGACGAUAGGCAAAUCGAAACAAAUAUCAAAACUCUUGCGAAUGUAUCAAAGUCGUCGUCAAAUAUUUGUAACAAUUUCAAAAAGGCUAAUAUUAUAAAGACGAAUGAAACUAACAAAUCGAAUAAGAAAUCAUUAGAAACUGUUUUUAUCAAACCAAAAGCAUUUCCAAGUCACGAGAAAGGUAAUAAAAAUAAACCAAAAGUACAAAAGGUACUUCAAACUGUAAAUAAAAAUAGUGGACAUAAGAAAAAGAAAGGGGAUAGUAUUAUCAAUGAAAAAUGUAGUAGUCAAUUUGGAGAUGAUGUAAAUGAAAUUCACCCCGAAGAAAAUUUAUCUCAGAAACACUUACAUGUAAAAGAAAUCAAAGCCGGUCGUGACGCCAUAAUAUCAAACUCCUUUUUUCAACACUUAUUUUUUCAAAAUGCCCAGCCUAUGCCAGUUUCAACAGUUUCAGAGUCGUGUCAUGUUAAUACUGUAAAAGAAAAAGCCCGAAUGUUUCAAUCUAAUUUAUGUACUGGAGUAUAUUAUACUCCAAGUGCUAUAAAUACAUAUUUGAUACAUCGCAAACCUGUGUCUCUUUCACGAUUUAAAAUCUGGGAUAAAAAUGAUAGCCCUUCAUGCAUACCGAGCCCAAGAUCUAUAUCAUGGCCCGGUCGAAUGGAUGGAAAAAUAAAAAAAUUUGAUAGUUUGUCAAAGUGCCAGGAUGAUUAUGGAUCUUCGAUGUCACUAUCUACCAUUCGCAGUAAUAGUGAACCACCGACAAAUAAAUUAUAUUUUUCUCAAACAUCAAGACCUAAAUCACCAGUUAUAAUAUUUCACAAAAAUCAAGAUGACAAAGAUUCAAAAAGCUUCGAUAUCUAUAGUUUACCUUCAAAAAUGGUACACGAACAGGCAUUACAUGCGUCUAAAUCUAAACAAUGUCUAAAAUCAAAAGCUUUACAUGGUUCCAACACAGUCAGUGCCACUCCUGUUCGUUUAGUUUCAAAAUCGGAUGAUUAUAAUCUUAGCUUAAAUUAUCCACCAACUAUUUUUUUCUCACAAAUAUCCAGACCGAUAUCACCGAAAGUUUUUAAAAAACCUUCAACCCCUACUAGAAGCCAGUCAUCGUCGCCAAUUUCUAUUAGAUCGCCGUCGUAUAGAAGAAUUAACAAUGUGAAAUCUCAACAAAAAGCCAACCUUGCUGGAACCAGACCACGUAGUGUAGAUAGUGAAAAUAAAAACACGUUGCCUUCACUUCAGACGAGGUCUAAAAGUGAUACAUUAUCUCAGAAUAGUGACCCAGAAUAUGAGGAAUAUAUACAAGAUAUUGAAAAUAAUAAAAAUAGAUCUGAAAGAUUUCGUGAGCUAAAUAGGUAUUACACUUAUUUAGAAAGGGUUGGAGAACUUGAAAAAGCCGCUUCAAUUACCGACUUACGGCACAGAAGAAAAGAUGAAGAAAUUAUUGAUUUUGAUCGAUGGAAGAAAAUUCGAGCAAUUGAAAGAGCCGAAGAAGAACUUAAUAGUCUAUAUGAGAAGUUAAAAAUUGCACAAACGGAAAAAGAUUUUCUGUUUUAUCCUAGAGAUAUAAAAGAUUUUCGUUGGAAAUUUGAGAAGGAAAGGGGUUUGAAAGUAAAAGAAAAGUCAGUUGAAGACCUUAAGGAUGAUUUGUUACAAAAAUCCUCGUAUUGCCCUCAAGAUGUAGAACCAAAUCAAAAAAAAGAUGUCUAUAAACCUUUAUGGAGGGGUAAAAGUGUAGCUGAAACGGCAUUCAGUAUCAAUAAGAAAAAUGAAUGUAAAGAUAUUAGUAACACAACUUCUAUUACGAAACCUUCACAUAGCAAAAAUACAGAUCUAUCUAUAGGCGAACUUCGUAAAAAGAUAGGAAUUGGAAAUCGUCUUUGGAGCAGCUUAUCCUUAGACCAAGUAAAUGCUUUAAAGAGUCAACUGAAUGCAAUUUAUAGUAAAGAAAUUGAAUCGAAACCCCAAAAAGAAAUAAAUCAAUAUACAGUGGAGGUAAAAGAAAGAGAUAAAAAUUACAAUUCCAACUUACACGUUAGAUGUAGCUCACUGUUAACUACGCCUACUCAUGACAUUUUAAAAGAGUUAAACAAAUCCAAAUCGAUUGCUGCAAUAUGUCCAGUUCCAUCUGAAAAGGAUAUUAAAAAUAAUGUUAAUAAUACACAGAUGUCUCUCAGUGAAACCGAAAAAAAACAAAUUUCACAAACUCUAAGUAAAGAAGUUAUAAGACGAAUUAAUACAAAAAGUAACUCUGAAGAGUAUUGUGAGAAAAAUAGCAAUGAAAUCAAAGAUACAUGUAAUCUUCUUGCUACUAAUAAAAGGCAUGUAGUUUAUGCAUCAGAUAAAGAAGAAUUGCCUUCUUCGGCUAGUGAGACGGAGACUGGUGGUUCAGAUAAAUCCAAUAAUACUGUAAUUUUUGUGGCACCCAAAAAAGAAGUUCAAAAAAAGGUUGAGUAUUUUGAAUCUGUAAAAAAAUUACCUCAUAGUAGUGCCCAAAUUGAAAACAGCAUCCCGCUAGGUAAUCCGAUUAUAAAGUCAUGUGAUAUUUCGUCUCCAGGUUAUAUAUCUCAAUCACAAUCGUGUACAAAUAUUAAGGAACUUUUUGGUGAAAGUGAUAAAAAUAAGUUUUUAUCUUUACCAUCGAAGCCUGACCUAUAUUCGAGAUCGUCUUCGCCUUACUCAGACGCGUACAUUUGCGAUAAACGAUCGCCUGACUCGCUACGUUUCUCCAGUGACGAGACAAUCUGGCGGAGUCGAAGCCCGUCGCCCGAUCCGGAACGUUACUGGCGAGCCUUCCUUAAACUGGCGCGUGCCGGUGAAGUACGUCGCCUUGCUCGGCGGUUCGAUACACUCCCUGUCACCAGCGCAGUAAUACGCCGACAUCGCAGUGACCCAGAAAUAAACAACAUCGGUUUAAGAAAUUGUCUAUGUACUGGUAAAUCUGCGAGACAUAGAGAACGAUGUAAAACAUCAUACACAGUAGCACGCGUGCCGCUUAGAUCCACAAACCGUUUUAUGCCUCAUAUUGAUAUAAUUUCAAAAUUGGCGGCUCUUAGGAGAAGGACAGCUCCAAGAUCGCGAUCAGCCGAAGAAGCGUUAGAAUGUCGACCUGGAGAAGUAGAACGAAUUCGAAAACGCUUCGAAGUAAUGUCACUACUUGGGCAAAUAUACUCAUCCGCUCCUGAUGUAAGUGAACUUAAAGAUAUAGCACCAUACUUGGAAGGGCCUUGGGUUGCGCAUAGGUAUCCAAAACCGAGUGACAACAAUAGGUCGGUCUCCGAUACGAAAAAUUUUGUUCGAGGCCAAGUGUCCCCAGUUAAGAAGGAAAUUAAGAAACAAAUACCAAAGGCACCUUUAAAACUUAACUCAAUCUUAAAAAGUGAUGGAAGUGAAGGGCAAGAAUUUAAUCCAUCGGCACACAGGCCAAUUAGCCGUUAUGAACCUCCCCGAUCGCCCGCCCGCCCUCCGCCAGCUGAAUGGCCUUACAAGUUAGCACCCUUCGUCACGCCAUCGCGACAUAACGUCAAAUUUGAAGAAACUGAUUCCACCCCGGAGCCACCACGAAGGAUGCCACAGAGCAGCUUCUCUGAUUCAGUGUGUAGUAAUGAAACAAAAUCUGUGAAAAUGAACUUAAGUGAACAAAAAAGCAGUGCCGGCACUAAAGUGUGCGUGCCAGAAGACGAUGGUUUUUACAGUGAUGUUCCGAUUUCGGGUUCACUAUCAAAAUCGUUGUUGGCUUUAAACCAAUACGUAAAAAAGAAUUUGCUCUAUGAUGACAGUGAAGAUCAGACAGAAGAAAUUAACAAUGACGGAGCAUAUUUCUCUAAAGAAAGUAGUCCAAAUGAUUCUGUGGCUAAAAGUGACACAGAGAGUGUUAAAAGUUAUGAACUGUCCACGGCACAUAGCCCUGCCAUUUCAAAAGUGAAUGUCGACGUAAGUGAAAAAGAUGAAAUCAAAAGCGAUCCCACAAAACAAACGGACGAUUAUAAAUUUAAACAACUUCUCGAAAAUCCCCCUUCUCUACGCCGUUACUCCAAUUCAAUAAGCAUUCCAAACCAGGACCAAGAUCGCUAUUUAAUUGAAGAAAACUACUCUCAAAUAUUACGCGAUACUAAAGAAAAUGAAGAAAACUUUGUUGAACGACGAUCGGCUACUAAGGAAAAAUCGCAGCGGCAUUCGGUACACGAUGGUAAUUGGGUUAAUAGGACAAAUAUUUAUCCAGAUGUCUAUGCACCACUGCCAUUUAAAUCACCGAGCCGCCGUUAUGUGGAGAGCGAUGUAAAUAUCCACUAUCGCUGUCCAGUUCGACACGAUCCCUUGCCCUUGGUGCCCGAGAGAGAGCUGGCCCGUCAACAAGCAGAGCACAUGAAACGGCUCUACCGAGAACAGAAGAGGAAUAAGUAUUUACAAGAGCUCCAAGAUAUGCAGAGUAGAAGGCAUCAAGAUAACUUUAUGCCGUCUCAGAAGACAAUCGUGCCUCUUAAUCGCUAUGACGAGGCUGAUCGUGUGGUAGCAAGGGCUUUGUAUACGUUCAAUGGGCAGACAGGGAGAGAACUUAGCUUCAGGAAAGGGGAUAUUAUCAAUGUGAGACGGCAAAUUGAUAACAAUUGGUACGAAGGCGAAUUUCACGGAAGGAUUGGAUUGUUUCCGUAUAAUUAUGUUGAGUUACUAAAAGGCGAUGUAGCCCAAUCUCCGAAGAAGCCAGUAAUCCUCGAAGGUCGGGCGAGAGCGAAAUUCGAUUUCACAGCACAAACAAAUCUCGAAUUGCCGCUCAAGAAGGGUGAAUUAGUGGUUCUUGCGAGGCGCAUAGACCACAACUGGUGGGAGGGCAGAGUGGGGAACAAGACGGGAAUAUUCCCGGACAGCUACGUCACCAUCCUGCAGGAACCCAGUCAGGGUAAGCCGGAACCGCAGCCGAUCCUAUCAACCGACAAGCCAGUAGCAUCACCAGCAGCUCACGGCGUGGUGAACGGAGACAAGCGAAGCCUCGGGGCUCACACUUACAUCCCCCAACACAACAGCGCAGCACUCGGCAACGCCCCACCGGCCACUGAACCACUCAUUGGUUAUCCCGCGAAAGGCCACUCAUCGCCAGCUGACCGUGGAUUAAAUGCGAGUGUAAACCUCAAUAACACAGAGCCUCUUUAUGUCGAUACGAAUGCUGAAGCUGUUCCAUAUCGUGCAAUGUACAAAUACCGACCCCAGAACCCCGACGAACUAGAGUUAAAUGAAGGUGAUACCGUAUAUGUAUUGGAGAAAUGUGACGACGGCUGGUACGUCGGAUCCAGUCAACGGACUGGACGAUUCGGGACUUUCCCAGGUAACUACGUGGAGCGCAUUUGA